AUGGAUGUUCAACGUCAGAAACUAAUUGUAAGUAUUAUACAUAUAUGUUUCCUUUGUGGCUAUUGGGUACUAAUAUUUGCCACUCUUAUUGAAAAGGCCAAGAAUCGGGCAAAAGCUUUACAGAAAAUACGAGAACGUCAAAAUAGGAUUCGACAGUCCGCAAGUGGUAGAACUAAUAGUGUCUCAAAGCAUGCGGUAGAUGAACGGUCAAAGAAAAGUGAUAUACAUGAUGAUAAACAAAAAGUGCAACCUCUAACCGCAAUUCAACGAGCAAUUAUACAGCGAAAUAGGGAGAAUGCCAUUAAAAGACGGGAAAAAAGAGAGAUGAAGGUCAUCCAAAACCAUAGAAAUGCAGCAAAUGCCGCUUCUACAAUGGAAAGCAUUUCAUUUGCCGAAAAAUCUACAAAUCGUAGUAGAGAAAAUAAGUCAAAUAAAUUAGAUACGUUGAGUCCCAAGAAACCGGAUAUUUUGGACAAAGUCAGAUUCUUUAAAGGUGAAAAAAGCAUUCAAGAUAGUAAUGUUUCACCCCGAAAGAAGGGUCAGUACAUAAGGCCAUCAAUUCGUAAGUCAGAUUAUAUUGAAUAUGAUUUUUCAACAAUGAAGGACACGUUUGGAGGCUUUCUGUCAGAGGAUGCCGAAGGGAAAGACGUUGAAAAGGAAGAGAAAAGCUUAGAUGAUUGGAAGAAAGCACAAGAGGAGAAGGAGGCGUUAAAUCCGUUAGGCCCUGCACCACCACCACUAGAUAUAGCUAACGCUCCAAUGUGUCGUGAGUGUGGAUCCAUAGACGUUGAUAAGAAACUUUUUGAAGUGUUCAAAUGCCGCGUCUGUCGGAAAUGUGAAGAGAAGAUACCAGAGAAGUAUUCAUUGUUGACCAAGACGGAAUGUAAAGAGGAUUAUUUCUUAACAGAGCCGGAACUAGCAGACACAUCCCUUUUUCAUCGAAUUGUUAAGGAAAACCCACAUAGUGGUACAUUUUCCAAAAUGCAGUUGUUUCUAAGGUAUCAAGUUGAAGAAUAUGCGUUCAAAAAAUGGGGCGGCGAAGAAAAGUUGGAUAAAGAAUGGCUUCGACGUGAAGCCAUGAGGAAAGCGAGAAAGGAAAAAAAGUUUAAUAGUAAACUUAGUCAGAUGCGGCGGAAACUUCGUGCUGAAGAGUUAACUCGGAAGUUUAGGGAAGCGAAAGGUUCGAAGCAUGUGCAUGAUUGGAGUGCACCUAUUCAAGCUGAUAACGAUAAUCCUCAUAUUUAUAAGCGGCGUUGUAUGGAAUGUGGAAUGGAAGUUGAGGAGAUUCAGCUGUGA